AUGGCGGGAGGGAGUGGUAACAAUAAUGAUGGAGGAGAACUAAGUGAAGUUGUUAGGCAGUUGGCUGCUGUUGCCCAACAAUUGGCAAGGAACUCAACCAAUAAUGAGAAGGUUAAGGACAAGUUUUACCCUAGCUUCUUACAGAAACAAAAGGCUGAGGAAUUUUCUAAUCUUGCAAUGGGGAAAAUGUCGGUCACUGAAUACUACACCAAGUUUAUUGAGCUGUCACGAUUUACUAAAGAGUCUGUUCCUACAAAAAAUUCUAAGGCUAGGAAGUUUGAGAGUGGUCUGACUACUGAUUUGCAGUUAAAGCUGUGUGGUCAAGUAUUUGAAACGUUGGAUGAAGAGAAAGAGCUAGCUAAGGUUGAAGGGAAAGAAAAGAGAAAAGAGGUGGGACAAAAUUCUAGGAACCCGCAAGGUAACCAGAAUAACUUAAAGAAGAAAAAGUACCACCAUAACAACAACCACUUUAGCAACAACAAUAAUUUCCAAAGUAACAAUCGUCAUGGAGGACGGAACUUUAAUGGAGCUAAGAACUCUAACCAGGGAAAUAAUAAGGAUGGAAGGCGCUAUUUUUGCAAUAGGCGCAAGAAUAACCACCCUGGUAGGGAUUGUGAUGGAAAUUUGGUUACUUGUCGUGCUUGUAACAAGUUAGGACGCAAGGAGUAUGAAUGUUUCUCCAAGGAUCCUAAUCGAAACGAACAGGGCAAUAAUCAAGGAGGGGCUCAAAGAAAAUUUCAGGGAAGCAACAACCACUCUGGGAACAAGGGGGCACAACAGAAUGCGGCGAAAACCAAUAAUAAUAAUGGGAACAACAUACAGAAAGGUGGAGCUGCAGGAAAGUUGAAUGUUAUGAGUAGGCAUGAGGCUGAUUCCACGAAAGAUGUCAUCACUGGUACCUUUUCUAUAAACUCUAUUCCUGUUAAAGUCUUGUUUGAUUCUGGUGGAACUUUUUCUUUCAUUUCAAAGGCCAUAGUUUCAAAAUUAUCAAACUGUUUGAAAACCGUAGAUGAGUGUAACAAGACCUUUAAAGGUGUACCUUUAGAAAUCGAAGAAAAAGCAUUUCUAUCAGAUCUCAUCGAGUUUAGGUUGAGUGACUUUGAUGUCAUUUUGGGAAUGGAUUGGUUGAGCAAGUACAGCGCAGAGAUUAAUUAUCGAUUGCAGAAAGUGAAAAUGAGUACAGCUGAUAAUGAAUUAAUGACUUAUUGGAUGCAUGGUGAAACCAAGUGCCCAAGGAUCAUAUAUGUGUCAAAAUUGGCAAAUUAUAUUAAGAAGGGGCAUCUAGUGUAUUUUUGUAGUGUGAGGAAUAUGGAACAUGAAGAGACAACUAAGCCUGAAGAUAUAAAAGUAGUAAAUGAGUUUCUGGAUGUGUUUCCAGAAGAGAUUCUUGGAAUGCCACCCAAAAGGGCAAUUGAUUGCACAAUAGAGCUAGUUCUAGGAACAAAGCCAAUUUCCAAGGCACCAUAUCGAAUGGCACCUGCAGAGAUGAGUGAGUUAAAGGAGCAAAUGGCAGGAUUUAUUAGAAAAGGGAUACAUAAGACCAAGUGCAUCACCUUGGGGAGCGCCAGUGUUAUUUGUGAAGAAGAAAGAUGGAAGUAUGAGGUUAUGAUUGCAAAAGAAGAUAUUCCUAAGACUACAUUUAGAACAAGGUAUGGACAUUAUGAGUUCAUAGUAAUGCCAUUUGGAUUGACGAAUGCUCUAGCAAUUUUUAUGGACUUAAUGAAUAGGGUGUUUUAUCCAUUUAUGGACAAGUUUGUGGUAAUGUUCAUAGAUGAUAUACAGAAGGACAAGAAGUUAGAGUGGGAUGACAAGUAUGAGGAGGCAUUCCAACUCUUUAAACAAAAGCGAAUCAUAGCACCAGUGCUUACAUUUCCAGACGAUAGUGGAGUUUAUGAUGUAUAUAGUGACGCAUCCAAGAAUGGUCUAGGAUGUGUACUCAUGCAAAAAUGGGAAGGUGAUUGUAGGGAUUUAAACUCACGCCAAAGGAGAUGGUUAGAAUACACGACGGAUUAUGACUUAGACAUACAAUAUCAUGAGGGGAAAGCAAAUAUAGUCGCAGAUGCUCUAAGUCGUAAAACCAGUCAUGGACUGAAUACUUUCAUAGUGGCUGAUGAGUUAUGCAGAGAAAUGAGGAAAAUGAAUCUGGAAGUGAAAGUGAAGAUAGAACACAAAACACCGCAAGGAACUGUGCAAUCAUUGGAAAUUCCUGGAUGGAAAUGGGAUUGUAUUUCAGUGGAUUUUGUGACUUGCCUCCCAAAGUCAAAGAGUGGAAAUGACACCAUUUGGGUAGUGGUGGAUAGACUUACAAAAUCUGCAGUGUUUAUACCAAUGAAGGAGACCUGGAAGAUGGAGCAACUUGAAAAAGCUUACAUCAAAAAUGUGGUGAGAUUACAUGGAGUUCCAAAAGAUAUCGUUUCUGGAAGAGAUUCUAGGUGUCUUUCAAGGUUUUGGAAGAGUGUGCAGGAAAACUUUGGUACAACACUUAAGAUGAGUACAACAUUUCACCCUUCCACAGAUGGGCAAACUGAGAGAACCAUUCAAACCUUGGAAGACAUGUUGAGGGGUUGUGUUAUAGAUUUCCAAGGGGGAUGGGAAGAUAGAUUAGACUUAAUUGAAUUUUCCUAUAAUAAUAGCUACCAUGCAAGCAUUGGCAUGGCUCCAUUUGAGGCACUAUAUGGAAGAAAAUAUCGCAGUCCAAUCUGUUGGAACGACAUAAGUGAAAAAAUGAUUUUAGGGCCUCAAAUGAUUGAGGAUAUAGUUAAACAAGUAAAGGAGAUUCAAGCUAAGAUUCAAGCGGCGCAAGAUCGCCAAAAGAGCUACGCGGAUUUUAAGCGUAGCGAGGAGGAAUUUGAGGUUGGUAACAAAGUAUUGUUAAAGGUAUCACCAAUGAAAGGUGUAAUGAGAUUUGGAAAGAAAGGAAAGCUUAGCCCAAAGUAUAUUGGUCCAUAUGAAGUAUUGCAAAGGAUAGGUAAAGUGGCUUAUAGGCUGGCCUUACUUAUGGAGCUAAGUAAAGUGCAUUAUGUAUUUCAUGUAUCUCAGUUAAGAAGGUAUAUCCCUGAUAAGUCACAUGUGCUACAACCUAAAACCAUUGAGUUAAACCAAAGCUUAACUUAUGAGGAAAAACCUGUCAAGAUUCUUGACAGUAAAGUGCGUAGUACACGCAAUAAGGAAGUUAAGAUUGUUAAAGUGCUAUGGUCUAACCAAGAGUAUGAGGAAGCAACUUGGGAAACUGAGGAUGAGAUGAAAAAGAAGUACCCCGCGUUGUUUAUGGUAUGUUGA